CAUUGUUGGCUCAUAUUCAGCUUUUGAUCUACAACAGUGGUUCUCAACCUUGGACAACCCAGGUGUUCUUGGACUGCUGGAUGCACAACAUAAAGAACUUUUGGCUGAUCCUGUAAGACUAAACAAGAUUGAAAUAAUUAUUGAAACUAUGAGAAAUGGAAACGUCCCUGGCUCAGACUGCUUUCCUUUUGAAUGAAAUUCACCUGAACCAGACGACCCCAAUCAGUGAGUUUAUCCACUACACUGAAGGUAGCAGUGACACUAGCAUGCCGGAUUCUUCCGUGCUGGUGGCCGGAGUAGUCAUUGGAGUCGUGCUGUUUCUCUCCUGUGUGGCCAUCAUUAUUGGCAGCCUGCGAAAGAAGAGGUGUUUUCAACAUCUCCAAUUUCAGAGAGAUGCCAGUUACACUCCCGAUUGCUUCUCUUAUGGCAGCUCCAUUGGAGAAAUUAGGUCCAGCUGUACUGAGGAGUUUCCACCAGCCUUUUACUUCAGUUCUUACACUGAAACACUCUCUCAGGCCAACAUCACACAUCCGGAUUCUCCUCCUCGUUACGAGGAAUGCGUGGGACCAGGGGCAGCCCAGAUCUAUCUUCCUACCGAUGAUCCGCCACCUUACUCCCUAAUCGAUCCUUGUCAACACAACGAAUUGGCAAUAAACAUUCCUUGGGAGGAAGCAGCAGCAGCACCACCUCACCGGACUGUUACAGGAAGAGGUGCUGGAUAUUUGGUCGGACUGCAAGAUUCGCAGCAGCCCAUCCCCUCCAUUUCCUUGUCGUCCUCGUUCCCAGUGGAGGCGGCCCCCCCAUAUGAAAUGGUGGCGCACGAACAGAAUGUCCCUCUGCCACGAGCCCCACUGGACGGACUGAAAAACUCCACGGAUUUUUUCAACAGAAUAAUAUAAAGGGAAACGAUCCCAAAGCAACUUUCUGAAAGAAUCCAUCGUGCUGAAGAAAGGACGAUGAUAUGGAACAAGAACCACCCGCUCACCAAUGUACUUAAUGACACUUUGUUCCUCUUUUCUACUUUUCACAGGGCUAGAAUCAGCUGCGUUUUGGGGGUGGGAGUGGGAGGUUUACACCAGAUUUUGAAAGUUUGCCUACAUGUUUACCUCCAUAUUUUUGGACUGUUCUCUCCAAAGUAUAAAACAAUAAAAACAACUGUAGGGUUUACUGAUAUUUCUGUAAGGUUUGAAAGCAGGUGGGCCAAACCACACACAGCAUAGAUCGAGGGGGAACCCAACGAUGGGCCUCACACCUUGUUUGACGGCAAUUCUCAUCAGCCCUGGCCAGUAUAGCUUGUGGGAGAGGAAUGCUGGGAACUGCAGUCCAAAAAUAUUUGUACGUUUGCCCAUCCUGGAGUAGGUACAUGUCAUAGGUUAUGUAGUCAAAUCCAGUUGUCUGGUUUGGUAGGGUGCUUUGCAUGUCUUAGAAAAAAAGGAAUAAACUAAAGGGCCGGCAUACCUUUAUAAGUAUUGUUUGAAAGACAGUAAUAAUAAGAAAGACUUCAGUUGUUUGCAGUGUGUUUGGGGAAAAUGUAUAUUUAUUUAGAUUUUCCUAACUUGUUUUUCCUCUUGAAAAAGGCGUAUAAGAAGUAUUUCCACUUUAAAGAUGGGAAAGUUAGGUUCAGAGAGAGACCCAUAAAGUUCCCAACUAAGCUUGAAUCUGAACCCAGCACUUAAUUUACUUGCUUUCAAAAACUGUCCACAGAAGAUUCCCAAUAUUUUGUUUGUUUGCCAUCCAUUAGCACAAAAGCAACAAUAUAUAUUAGAGAAUCACAAAGAACCGGGGAGUCAAAGAAAAAUUGGCAUUUCCUGCUCUUUCUCCAGUCAUUCUAAACUGAAAGGGGACAGACUGAUACAUGGAAUAGAGUGUUAGGAUAGAAAUAUCAAAAAACCAGCUUCAAAUCCUUUUGCUUUUCAAAGCUCUCAAGAGCCCUUCUUUGAGCUUGUGCAAAUACAGGUACCUUUAGAAACCUU